CAUUCAUCCAUGAUUCAGUUAUAACGUUAAAAUGGCGUCGAAAAAUCAACGUUGGCUUGUCGAUUCGGGUAUUUUACGAAAAAAAAAUGUCGAAGAAGAACCACAGGAGCUUUUGGUGUUUGGAUACAGCUGCAAAUUAUUUCGAGACGAUGAGAAGGCGAAAAUGAUUGAUCAAGGAAAGCACUUGAUACCAUGGAUGGCUGAUAACACGAUGAAAAUAGACAGGUCCGUUUUCUUAACCUAGAAAAAAAAAAAAAUAUCAACAAUCACAAUUUACACACACUGUAAAAUUCUAGGAUUAAAAUAAUUGUUUUUAUCUUAUUUCUUCUUUCAAAAAAAAAAAAAAAAAAAAAACAAAUAAUAUUAAUAAUAUAUUUUCAAACAAAUCCAAAAAAUAUAUCUGCACCAGUACGUUGUUUUUUUCUAACAAAAACAACAAACGUAAAUAAUAAUAAAGGAAUAAAUAAUAACCAAGAGCAAGGACGAAAAUAAUUAAAAUAAUUAAGUGGAAGAUAAAUAAACUUUGGCGAUUAAAAAAUGGUGUUCUUUUAUUUGGACAUGAAAAUUCGAAGACUGUGUUUAAGAUUUUCGCAGGUGAUUAAUCAUCAAGCCAUCAAUUGGAUCAAUUGGUCAUCACCAGACAAUCAUUAUCCUCAUUUUGGGAUACUUGGGACAUUACCCAGGAGCAAGAUACGAUGGACGUGGAGCACUUGGAGAUCUUAAAAGUCAUGAGCCACCAUCUGGUGGUUUUGAUCUACGGACAAUACUAACUGAGGAAGAGCUCAAGGUAGAACAACUUUGUGACGAGGAAAGAUAUCGAUCAUUGUACAACAAUGAUGCUGAAGAAUCAAUGUAUCAUGAAGAAGAAAUUAAACGUUUGCAUCAAGCACUUGGUACUGAUAAUACUUAUGGACAAGUAUCUUAUAAUUAUGACGAUCCAGAUAGUCAGCCAGCAAUUGGAGAAGAUUCACAAAGUCCAAAAGCAUCUGAUGGCUCUCAAGAUGAUGAUGAUCAAGCAUUUGUAUUACCACCAGAACUUGAAGCACCUGAAGGAAUGAUUUUGCCAGAUACUCAAAAGUUAAAUGCAAUUAUCACAAAAACAGCAACAUUUAUAAGUCGUCAAGGUAGUCAAAUGGAAAUAUUGAUAAAAGCUAAACAAUCAAAUAAUCCACAAUUUUCAUUUUUAUCAAUUGAUGGUGCAUUAAAUCCUUAUUAUAAACUUGUAUUGGAGGCAAUUAAAAAUGGAAAAUAUAAUCCUGAUAAAGAGCCUGACAAAAAAGAGUCUGAAUCUGAAGAAUCUGAUGAUGGUGAUGAGUCCUAUCUUCAUCCUAGUCUUGCAUCGUCACUCUCAAAAGUUGAAGCGGCACCCAGUAUACCAAGCAUACAGUACAAACCAUCUGAAAAUUGUGCCUAUUCAAUGUUGGUGAAUAAAAUAACGGGUAAACAACAACCUCCACCUUCGGAUAUUCAAAUGCCAGUACAACAAAUUCCACCACCAGGAUAUUAUCCUCCAGCUUCAACAUAUCCAACGUAUCCACCAGUUCCUCAACAAUAUAUUCAUGGUCCAGUUAUUUAUGGAGCUAAUGGACAACCAACUCAACAAUCUCCAGCUGUGCCAAUGAUUAGUGCAACAGUACAAUCAGAAUGUACAACACCAGGACCCAAAGAACCACCAGCACCACUUGUACCUUAUGGUCCAACACCUCCAAAACCUCUAACACGACCUUCGUUUAUUGUACCACCAGCUGAUGUACAAAUAAUCAUUGAUAAAAUGGCAAGUUAUGUUGCUAAAAAUGGACGUGAUUUUGAGGCAAUUGUCAAAGCAAAAGGUGAUCCAAGAUUUAAUUUUUUGGAAUUAUCACAUCAAUAUCAUGGUUAUUAUGUACAUAAAUUAACGAUAAAUGAAGGUGCUGCAAAUUCAAAAGUAUUAACUGAAGAAGAAUUAAUACGUAAACAAGAACCAGAAGAAGAAAAAUUAAAAAAAAUUGAAUUACAAAAAAAACAAAUGCGUAUGGAGGAAGUAUAUAAACGUGUUAAAAUGAUACAGCCUAAAAAAAAAAAUGAUAAACAAAUAACAACAGUAUCAUUUUCAAUUAAAAAAACAAAAGAUAAUGAUAAUAGUGUUAUUGAAAAACGUAGUGCCUUACCAAUUGAAGAAUCAGAUGAUGAAAAUGAAAAUAAUGAAAAACAAGAUGACGAUGAUGAUGAUGCUGUUGGUAGUAGUGGUGGUGGUGGUGGUGGUGAUGAUGUUGCUGUUGAUGAUAUUGAUAAUGAUAAAAAUAAAGAUAAAGAUAUUAAUAAUAAAAAUAUAAAUUUACCAAUAAAAAAACUAAAUAGUCAAUUUGAAAAUAAAUUAAUAACUGAUAAUGAAAUAAUUAUAAAAAAAAUUAAUAGUGAAGAAAAUGAACUUGUUGAUUUAACUGAUGAUAUACUUGAAGAUUAUCAAAAUCAAAUAAAAUAUAAACAACAAGUUGAUGAUAAAAUAAAAGAUAAAUUAGCAGCAGCUGCAAGAGAUAAGCUACAUUCACGUGAACGACAAUUACAAUUAGAAAGAAGAAAAAAAGCAACAAUGUUUUUAAGUCAAAUACAAGUACCAAAUUCAACUAAAACAACAACAAAUUUUGAUAUUAAUAAUGAUAUUACUAUUGAAUCAGAUGAGAUAAAUUCUAUACCAUCACCAAAUCAACAAAAUGACCAAAUGGAAUUACGAAUUGGUGAAAAUUUAUUAACAAGUAAAAGUAAAAAUAAAGAACAAACUGUUAAACGUUCAAGACCAAGAUCUAGAACGAGAACAAAAUCAUUAUCAAGAUCACGUAGUCAUAGUGGUAGUCAUGGUAAAUCUGAUCGACACAGAAGUCAUAAAAAAUAUAAAAAAAAGAAGAGUUCACACAAAAGUUAUGAUAGCCCAAGCAGAUCAAGAUCUCAUCGUUCAAAAAAAACUAAAAAAUCAAGUUCACGUCAUAGAACUCGUUCGCGAUCACCUGCAAGACGACGUUCUAGAACAUCAAAAAAUUCAAGUAAUUCUGAUUCAGUGUCAUCUUGAAAAAAUACAUUGAUAAAUCAUUUAAUUAAAUAACAUGUAAACUUUGUAAAUAAACAUGUAAAAAAAAUAAAGUUUAAUGCAAAGUAUAAAAAUCAAAAACUAUUUAGUACAUUGUAAUAUAAAUCAUACAAAUAAAAUAUUUCAAAGAUUAAUUUUAUCAAAUGCAUUAAACAUACUUGAACAUCAACAAUAAACAAUAACAAAAACAUCGUAAUGAAAAAUUAUUUUAUCUAUUAUUUUGUUGAUCAUUUAAAGUCACUUGUAAAUCAUAAAAACUAGAGAGAAAAAAUCAUCAUAUGAUUACUUGAGAGAUUAAAGAAAAACGUGAUCCACAGAUUUGACCCUGACAACAACAUCAAUGUGCGUCUUUUAUUUUAAAAUUAUAUUUACUAAACUUUAACAUCUCAUGACCUUAUCACGUAACAAAAAAAAUACAUUUAAAUAUAGAAAAAAAU